UAUAAUAGUUAUACCUACUUAUAAUUUUUAAUAUCUAAGUUAAAAUAUUUAAAAUGGUUUUUUUAAAACGUAAUUUGUUGAUUAGGGUUGUGAUAGCAAUUGUUAUAUUUUACUGGAAAGUCAAUGGCGAAUGUAUGGAAUCACUGAAAACAGAUGGAUUAGAUAAACGGACAGGAUUCCAAAAUCUUGCAUCAAAAGUUGGUUGUUUCGAAGUAAAAGACGAAGAUACUGAUUUUAAUGUGCCCAAUGAAUAUAAACUACGAGUUGAAAAACGAAUUGAAUCAUUUCAGAAGAUAAAACACGAAUUAACUAUUUAUGGGCUCAGUUAUGUGUACCAUCUUAUAGAUUUAGUUAAAAGACCCGAGCAAAUGCUUCCACCUGAAACAUGGUGUAAGAUUUUAGAAUGUGUAGACUCAAAUAUGAAUUUAAAACCAGAUACUCCAUUUGGCAAAUAUAUCAAUUAUGUAUCAAUGAAAAUAGACACACAUUCUCCGGCUAUUCGUUUUUGUUUUAUAAAAAAUACGUUAGUAAAAUCGAGAGAUAUUAUAAUAAGCGAUCAAGAUGACCAGAAAACAAAAAGAGAAAUUAAAUUGUUCAAGGCAAACAAAAAGAACGACCAGAAAACAAAAGAAGAAAUUAAAUCGUUCAUGAGCGAUAUAGCCGAUACAGGAUUUUACGCGCAAUUCUUUACAGCAUAUGGAACUUAUAAAAUGCAGUUUUAUAAACGAUCUCCAUUGACUUGGUGUACAAUUCAAGCUUGUUACAGUAAGACCACAUGUUACAAUUAA